AUGGAGAACAAUGCACGACUGCUGGUCCACGCCGGCGCGUCAAGCACGCGCCAAGAUGACGACCAACGCGUCGCGCAAGCUGCGGCAUACUUGAAUCUCGAAAAUACGACGGUAUUGCGCACUCAUGUUGUCUGGCCGCCCCGCCGUUCUGGUUCUGGCAGCGAAAUAUUGCAAGACUGCCAGCAAAGCAACGCCGAUGCACCCGUGGACGACACGUCUGACGGGCUUGACUCGCUGACUUUCAUCGAUGAUACUCAAUUAGCCUAUACGUUAUUGGAAAGCCAGUUGUUGCCGUCCUCAGCCAGGACUCUACAUCCUACAUCGACCAAGAGGCGAUCUCGUGACUUCUUCCCUAUCAGUUCCACGGCACCGACGCCGAACAAAGCAACCCGAGUAUCAGAAAGUCCCAAUUCUCGACCUCGAUCUCUUGAGGAAGGAACUCGCAUUGAAGGGUUUGAAUUCGAGGCAGAUCGUGCAGUGCGCAGCACUGAACAGGAUGUGUCUGAUCAACGACAGWCCUACCAGCCAACAUCCAAGGAGAAGUCCCAGACGACUGAAGAUGCAACUACUAGCAACGACACGACUUCGGAGCUACCAAACUCCUACUCGCUCGAUAACAUCAGCGAUGGAAUCCAGGGACCACGCUUAUCAGAGCGGUCUGUUAGCGAUCCAGGACCUACUCCCACCAAACAAGGUGAGAGUGGAGCGGAUUCUUCGCUGGUUUCAAGUCCKGGGACUCUCAUACGCAGACGGCAGCAAAUGGUCGAGCAGGAAUCUAGCCAUGUGGUUAUCCAGCCGCCUGCUGAUCCUCACGCCGCAUCCACGAGCGAUCCGGCCGAGAAAGACUUACUUGCCAAAUUCGAGUCUUCCCCACGAAAAUUGUCCACGUCGAUCGACCCCCCUGGACCGGUGACCUCAAUCGAGCCAUUCACUACGCAUGUCACACCCACUCUUCACAAGCUGGCACAAAAUCCCGAGCUAUCUGCGACGUUCCAGCCGACUGUGGUUGAACGAAGUCUAGAUGUCCAUGAACGUGGGCAUUGGGAAGUGCAGUGCUCCAGUUGGACUCCAGAAUUGCAAAGCUCCUUCUGGAAAACGUUAGAAACGGUAGUGGGGACGGGGAAAGCUGGACGGGGCGUUUGGUGKUCACGAGGGUCGGAAGACCCGCUGCCUUCUCAGUCGAGCCAGCGAUGUGAUCAACCUGCAGGAGAGCCCAUCAAGCCUUCCUUCAGCCCAGUCCGUGUGUACUGUUGGGGGGAGAUUGCCAAACACAUCUAUCUUUUGCUAUUUAUUGCGAGCAAUAGCAAGAUCCGCAAGCUUGGGCUAAGAUGGGUUGAUGCACAAGGCUUGGUAGUGCUUCAAAUGAGGGCAGGCUGA